AUGUUACGUGUUCACUCAGUGUCGGGGGAAGUCCUUGUCGCAAUCGAGCUACAGAGCUUUCUCGACAUCGCUGCAGAGACAGAGAGCCACCCCGUCCGGGCACUGAAGAACUACUUGCAGAGCUUCUGCGGGCAGCCAAGAUUCAGGCAACGGCUGGUAGUGCUGGAAGAUGGCAUCGUGUUGAAUGACACGGAGGACGAACACAUCUUAAAUCCCGGCGAUGUUCAGCUCGUGCUUGUGAACUUCAGCUCAACAUCUAAACUGCAUAUAGAAAAGCUUCGGAGUGCUGCCUUGAGUGGACAGACAUCAGUCCUGGAGACGAUUCUGCGAAGGCCACAAGACCCGGAUUUGGGUGCUCCAGCCUCAUUGCUCCUAGCAUCCUCAGGCGGCCACGUAGGGGUGGCACGCCUCUUGUUGGAGGCCAAUGCGGACAAGGACAAGACCACAAAUCGUGGCGCCACCCCAUUGUUCAUCGCAGCUCAAAAUGGGAAUUUAGAGGUUGCACGCCUCUUGCUGGACGCGAAGGCUGACAAGGACAAGACCAUGAACGAUGGCGCCACCCCAUUGUUCAUCGCAGCUCACCAAGGGCAGUUAAAGGUUGCACGCCUCUUGUUGGACGCGAAGGCUGACAAGGACAAGGCCAGGAGCGAUGGCGAAACCCCAUUGUUUAUCGCAGCUCAAAAUGGGAAUUUAGAGGUUGCACGCCUUUUGUUGGACGCGAAGGCUGACAAGGACAAGGCCGAGAAUGAUGGCGCCACCCCAUUGUCCACCGCAGCCCAGAGAGGGCAUUUUGAGCUUGCAUGCCUCUUGUUGGGCGUGAAGGCUGACAAGGACAAGGCCAUCAACGAUGGCGCCAGCCCAUUGUUUAUCGCAGCCCAGAGAGGGCAUUUUGAGAUUGCAUGCUUGUUGUUGGACGCGAAGGCUGACAAGGACAAGGCCAAGAACGAUGGCGCCACCCCAUUGUUCACCGCAGCCCAGAGAGGGCAUUUUGAGAUUGCAUGCUUGUUGUUGGACGCGAAGGCUGACAAGGACAAGGCCACGAGCGAUGGCGCCACCCCAUUGUUCAUCGCAGCUCAGGCAGGGCAUUCAGCGGUUGCACGCCUCCUGUUGGACAAGCAGGCUGACAAGGACAAGGCCAAGAACGAUGGCGCCACCCCAUUGUUUAUCGCAGUUCAUCAAGGGCAGUUAGAGGUUGCACGCCUCUUGUUGGACGCGAAGGCUGACAAGGACAAGGCCACGAGCGAUGGCGCCACCCCAUUGUCCAUCGCAGCUCAGGCAGGGCAUUCAGCGGUUGCACGCCUCUUGUUCGACAAGCAGGCUGACAAGGACAAGACCAUGAAUAAGCAUUGCAGCUGA